AUGAAAUAUCCUGAUGAUGAUGAUGAUAAUCAUGUUAUUUAUAGAUGCGAUAAUACUUUUGCACAGGAGGUUUUUGAACUUGAUGGAAAAGAUGAAUUGGAAGUUGCCAUUAGUAAUCAUCUUAAGAAAGAGAUUGAGGGUAACGCUUCCUAUAUGGCAUUACCAAUUUCUAAACGAGAGGUUUUACCUUCUGUUUUGCAGGCUCCUGUUCCAGAUUUGAAGCCUCUCCCAGUUACUUCAGAUUGCGAUUACUCCGGAGAUCAAGAGAAGACGAGUUUACAUGCCCAUUCUGAAACUUUGCAUAUCGUCGCAUGCCCUUUGGUCUUUGCAACGCUCCAGCCACUUCCAAAGGUGUAUGGUUUUUAUCGAAGAUUCAUCAAGGACUUCUCCAAAAUAGCAUUACCCCUAUGUAAGUUGCUGCAAAAGGAUGGUUUUGAGCUCAAUGAGGCAUGUAAAGAGGCGUUUGAUAAGCUGAAGGAACUGCUGACUUCCACCCCAAUUAUCAAGCCCCUGACUGGACAUUCUUUCGAGAUAAUGUGCGACGCAAGUGAUUAUGCAGUAGGCGCUGUUUUGGGUCAAAGAAUUGGAAAAGCAUCUCAUGCCAUUAUUAUGCUUCCAGGAUUUUGA